CCAACCCGAUACAAAUUAGAUAAUUGUGAUCCAAAUACUAUAAAACCAAAGAACUACAUAAAGCCAACCGAUCCGUCAAUAAUAAAAAGUACAGACUCUUUCUUUUCCGGAUUAUAUCAAAGCUUUCAGAUCUAAACUCUCAUCACACCCACGUUGGUGCCAAAAAAAAUCCCCCAAAACAUCACCAUAUAAACAAAAAUUUAGGAAAAAAAACAUGUCUCCAAACAUUAUAAUCACAAUCUUAACAAUCCUCGUCUUCAUCUCACCAACAACAUCAACAACAACAACAGCGUACGACAUUAUCCAAUCAUAUGGAUUCCCAAAAGGCAUACUACCAAUAGGGGUAACAGGAUACAAAUUAGAUACAAAAACAGGCAACUUCAAUGCCUUUUUCAACAAAACAUGUAGUUUUUCUUUAGAAAACACUUAUGAUCUUAAAUACCAACCAACCAUAAGUGGGAUUAUAUCUAAUGGGAGGUUGACAAAUCUAAGUGGGGUUAGUGUGAAAGUGUUGUUUUUUUGGUUAAAUAUUGUUGAAGUCUAUGUUGAUAAGGUUAAUGAUGGAGGUGUAAAUCAGUUGGGGUUUUCUGUUGGCAUUUAUUCUGCUGGUUUUCCUAUUGAUAAUUUUGAAGAUUGUCCACAAUGUGGGUGUGGUAUGGAUUGUAAUGGUGUUACACAUGAUCAUACUCUUGUUUCUUCCUCAUAAUUACUAUUAUUAUGGAUAUAUAGAGAUACAGAUAUUAUCACUAGAUUAGAUAUAACAUAUGUUUUAGACUUUUCGUGUUAGCUUCUUUUUUUUUUUUUUUUGUUAAUUUUUGAUGAUGAAUGUUGGUUAAUAUGGUUAAUGGCUGUCUUUUAUUUUUCACAAUGAUAAUAAGAGAUAGAUUUAUUUGGUAUUUUGGUUAAGAUAUGGACAGACCAGACUGCUUUCAAGUUCAACAUAAAUGGUAGAAAAAGACCUUCAGCGCACUUUCAGGUUGUUUUUAGUAUCUAUAUCUGAAUUGGAUAUUGUUGUUAUUUGUGUUUAAGUUGUAAGUUGUGAGUUGAUCUUGUAGUGAGUUUAUGCCUAUAGAGGUUAGUGGCUUCUUAAAAAGUAUUAUGCGUUAACCCAUGAGGUAACCCAAUAUGAUUAAGGUUGUAAACGAGUCAAGUGGCUCAUGAGCUACUCAAGUUUGCCUCAUUAAAAGCUCGAUACAGGUUUAAGAAGAGUUUGAUUGUAUAUUUGGAGCUAUAGCUUGGUAAAUGAGCUACAAUCCGCCUUCAAACAGUAAAAUCGAUUAGGUCCAUGAGGCAUCUUAGUUCUUGUUAGCUGGUGAACUCUAUAAGCCCUGUUUAAGAUUUUCGCAUAAAGUGAAGUUAUUAUAAGCUCCUACCUCUGUUUUUAUUUAUAGUUCAAAUUCUUACAGUGGUUCUAUAGUCUUUUGUAAGAAUUUUGAUGACAUUGUAUAGUGAUUGUAGAUCUUAUGUAAGAAUUUUGAUGACAUUGUAUAGUGAUUGUAGAUCUUAUGUAAGAAUUUUGAUGACAUUGUGCUUGUGUUAUCUGCAAUUGUUGCCUAAA